AUGCAUACAAUUUUCAGAAAUUAAGCUCUCUUUUAAUAAAAUGUUUUAGGCAUUCAAAAUAUUCCCAAAUAGAGUGAAAAACCUAAAAGCUCAAGCAAGAGACAUAUUAUAAGACAUGCAAUAUACUUCAAGCAUUCAAAAUUGGUUUUACAAAAAUAAAUUUGA